AUGGAUUUCGAUUCAUCUUCCAAAUUUAUAUCUUCCCUGGCCAAGUUUCUUCAGUCCCUCUGUAAUGGCUAUGUUGAGUUUAACAGCGGAGUGGAAGUUAUUGGCCACAUAUAUCUCAGUGUUGAUACUGGCAAAAAAAUUGACUACAUUCUCAAUGAGAAAGUUUGUAAAACGGAUGAAAAUUCUGUCACAUUUAUCAGUAACAGUUUUCAUGCUCAGCCAGCAGAGAAACCAAAACCUCCAGCAAAACCGGCACCUACCUCUGAUCCCAUCAAGCCUGCUGAAAUUUGUGCAAAAGUUGAGGAAGACGAUAUAAUCAUCAUGGACGAGCCCCAGAGUAAAAAUACUGGAACUAUCCCACACAGAGACACCUUUCGCCACACUGCUAGCCCUGCAGCUAAAGCAGGCCGUCCAUUGAAGCGUUCUUUUAAUCAGAGUUUUCCUUCCAGUCAUAAACAUAUUGCAAAAGAAAGUCGAUCUGAUCAUUAUUCCCCACAUAAUAGUGCUCCGGAAGAUACAGACUCAUUACACGUAGACAAUCAUACAUCAUCAAGCAUCUUACCAUCUCAGCUUUCUUUGGAUACAACAAUAACGGCAGCAACAGAAUCAGAUAUGUCACAUCUUUCUAAAGUCUUUCCACCAAGUUUUAGUGACUCUGUCACCAAUCAAGGUACAGAAGAUAGGGACAUUAAACCUCAGUUGGACAGUGAAAUGAGAGUAAUACAAGUAAAACAGGAAUACGAACAGUCGGGGCACGAAGGUGAUGAUGAUCAAGAAAGUUUUGAUGAUUCUCAAGAUCAGAGUACAGCUUUUCCUGGAAUGCAAUAUGAUCAGUAUUAUGGUGAUAACAGAAGGGGUCAGAGGCCAGACUAUGGUCAGAUGGGUGGCAUGGCACAUGGAGAAUAUUUCCAGGGUGGUGCAGGUCCAUCAGGAGAAGGGGCAGCAGGAGACUCAUCAGGGUUCAUGACAUUUUCUUCAUUUGGGCGUAAAACAAAACAGACUAGUUUUGCUAAUGCAAGGAAACACAGCAGUGCUGGCAGUUCUGUAGCAUAUGAGAGCACGGUUGCCCGUAUCUCUGGGACUGUGUUUGUGUGUGAGUACUGCCAGAAGAGUUUCACCACACUGAAUCAUUAUGAAGGGCACAAGAAUGCUAACCACCUGAAUCUGAAACCAUAUAAGUGUGAACACUGUAGCAAGACGUUUGCACACAAGAACAGUCUGACCUUCCAUCGCAGGUGCUGUCAAGGGAUGAAGCAGCCAGAUGGCCUCUUAGAACACCUGAAGUCUCUUUAG